GUGAAAACAAAAGCCACGUUGGUGUUGGGCAUCCCCCUCCUCCAGUGCCAGGCGGGGGCAGCUGCAGCAGUUGGCACAGCCCGCUGGAAGGGACGGUGCCACUUGGCACAGCCCUGUCCCUAGAAGCUGCCCAGUUGUCUUCUCAAGAGUGAUGAAGUCUGAAGAGGACCCCGAAGACGGAGACAGCAUGUCAGGGGAUCCGAGCUAAGGGAAGAAGGACCAAGAUGAAUGCAAAAGGGCAGCAGAAAUUCAGGUUGCACUGGGCAGCCCCCUUGGACUCUGGCUGUAGCUGAAUGUCAGGUUUGCUGUUCACUCUUGGCAGCCAGGACUCGGGAACUCUAGAAUGAGUUGCUGGUUUUCCUGUGCCCUUAAAAACACAUUGACUGCAGACUGGAACAAGUACGAUGAUCGCUUGAUGAAAGCUGCUGAACGGGGCGACGUGGAAAAGAUCUCGUCUGUCCUUGCCAAGAAGGGCGUAAAUCCCACCAAACUCGAUGUGGAAGGAAGAUCUGCGUUCCAUGUUGUAGCUGCCAAAGGGAAUCUUGAUUGUCUGAAUGCCAUUCUUGUACACGGGGUUGACAUUGUAGCUACUGAUGCAGCAGGAAGGAAUGGUCUGCACCUCGCUGCGAAAUAUGGGCAUGCACUCUGUCUGCAAAAAUUGUUGCAGUACAACUGCCCUACAGAAAAUGUGGAUCUUCAGGGUCGCACUGCUCUUCAUGAUGCAGCAAUGUCAGAUUGUUCAUCCAGCAUCCAGUUACUGUGUGACCAUGGAGCCUUGGUGAAUGCCAGAGAUGCAGACGGGAGGACGCCUCUGGUGCUGGCCACUCAGAUGUGCCGUCCAGCCAUAUGUCAACUUCUGCUCGACAGGGGCGCUGAUGUCAAUGCAAGAGACAAACAGAACCGGACAUCUCUGAUGUUAGGCUGUGAAUAUGGCUGCAAGGAUGCUGUGGAGGUUUUGCUCAAAAAUGGUGCGGACGUCACUUUGGUGGAUGCCCUUGGCCAUGACUGCUCUUACUAUGCAAGGAUUGGUGAUAGCGUUGAAAUCUUGGCUCUGAUAAAGGCUGCCAUGGAGGAGUCUAACAAAGCAAGUUACGAAGUCAUGAAGAAAGGACAGCCUCAUCUCAAGGUGCCCAACAUGCUGCCAAAAUGGAGUCAACCAAAUGCCUUAGAGGACAUGAGCUUCAAGACGCAUCAGAAGGAACACCGGAAUGUACAGGAACUGGAAAGAGAGAAUGAAGACUUGAAAGGCAGGCUAAGGGAGAUCCAGCAGGAGCACCGGAUUCUAUUGGACAGAAUCAAUGGUCUGCAGCUGCAGCUGAACGAGGAGCAAAUGGUCGCAGAUGAUCUCGAAAGCGAGAAAGAUGAGCUCAGGAGGCUGCUGACAGCAAAGGAGAAGCAGCAGGAAGAAAGUUCACGGAUGCUUGAAGCUCUGAAGUCAAAGCUGAGAUUCUAUGAGGGUGACCACGGGGGAUCUGGAAACAGUUUUGGUAACAGGAAAGAAGAUGUUUUGCUGAAGCAGGGUUCCACGUAUUCUGCAGAACCACAGCAGGCCCCUGCCUCAGCGCCAGCUGCCCUCCAGAGUAGAUCCAUGGUGAGGCCCCUGGAGCUCCUGAGCCCAAGCCUGUCUCCUGCUGCCUCCGAGGCGGAAGCUCUGAAACGGGAGCUGGGCAACCUGAGGAGCUGCUACGAUGCGGCCCGAGGGGAGGUGAGCAGGCUGCAGCUGGAGCUCUCCCACAAGGCGGCAGAGUGCAAAGCGCUGGCAGCGGAGUGCGAGAGAACAAAGCAGGAGUCGGACCAGCAGAUCAAGCAGCUGGAAGACGCCUUGAAGGACGUGCAGAAGAGGAUGUUUGACUCGGAAGGGAAAGUGAAGCAGAUGCAGACGCACUUCCUGGCCCUGAAGGACCACCUGACAAGCGAGGCGGCGGCCACCGGCAGCAAGGCGGUGGAGGAGCUGAAGGAGCAGCUGAAGGACACCAAGGCCAAGUACGAGGGGGCCUCGGCUGAGGUGGGCAAGCUGAGGAACCAGCUGAAGCAGAAUGAGCUGUUGGUGGAGGAGUUCCGCAGGGACGAGGCCAGGCUGGUGGACGACAACAAGAAGCUGCAGAGGGAGCUGAGCAUGUUGAAGGUGGAGCAUGAGAAGCGGGAGAGGAGGGCCUGCGAGGCGGAGGGUCAGCUGAAGGAGGCGGCGGCCAAGCUGGCGGAGAAGCUCGAGAAAGUGAAGAGCUCGCUCUCAGGUGAAGUGGAAGAGAAGGCGCGGAGGUUGGCAGAGGCGGAGGCAGAGCGGCAGAAGCUGUGCACGGAGGCUCAGGGGCUGAGGGCGGAGCUGGAGGGCCAGAGAGGCCAGUUAGCCCAGUAUGUGAGGCCAGAGGAGCACAAGCAGCUGAAGGUCAGGUAUGAGCAGAAGGCCAGGGAGCUGGAGCGAGUGCAGGCGGAGCUGAAGCACCAGAGCCAGGCCUGGCAGGCGGAGGCGGAAAAGGCCAAGGCAGGCCACAGCCUGCUGAAGCAGCAAGUGGAGGCCCUCCGGAGCGAGAUGAAGAGCCAGUAUGUGCCUCUGAAGAUCAGCGAGGAGGUGAAGCGGGCGAGCGAUGUCACGGUUGGGGAACUGAACAAGAAGCUGGCGGAGAGCAGAGAGAAGUGUCAGAAGCACAGCGCAGAGGCGGAGAAGCUGCUGGCGGAAAACCUCCGCUUGAAGGAGACGGUUGGCCAGCUCCAGGCGGCUUACAUCCCCCGGGAGAAGCACGAGAAGGAGAUGGGAGCCUUGAAGGUAAUCACGGCCAGCCUGGAGCGGCAACUUUCUGAGCUCAGCCAAAAGUACAGGGAGCAGCAAGCCAAGGCAUCCGAGUUUGCGUCCAAAAAUGCCACUCUUCAAGAGACCAUGGAAGAGCAGUACGUGCCGGUGGCUACUCACGAGGAGGUCAAGGCAGUGCUGAACAGCACUCUUGAAAGGACGGGCCAAGAGCUGCUGGAGCUGAAGAACAAAAUGGAAAGCGUCAAGCAAGAGUUUGUGAGGGUGAGCGAUGAGAACGGGACCCUGAAGAGGAAGCUGCGGACUCUGCAAAGCCAAGUGCAAGGAGGCGAAUACAUAAAUGCACGGGAGCAUGAGGCAAAAGUCUCCGCCCUCCACAAAAACAUUCAGGAGCUGCAGGAGAACAGUUCCGAAAUGCAGGCAAAAUACCAGGCGAAGCAAGAGGAGGUGGCCCAGUUGCAUGCUGAGAUCAAGGCCCAGAAGAAGGAGCUUGACAUGAUCCAGGAAUGCAUCAAGUCCAAAUAUGCCCCCCUUGCCAGUUUCGAAGAGAAGGAGCGCUGCUUCGAGGAGACGGCGAAAGAACUGAGGAGCCAGCUGCAGAAGGAGAGGGAGCAGCGCCGAGAGAGAGAGGAGGAAGGCAAGAAAUACAGCCAGGAGAACGAGAAGCUGAAGGCCAGGCUCCUGAGCGUCCAGAACGACUUGCAGCAGAACUAUGUCCUGGCGGAGAAGUCGCACGAAAUGGAGCGGAUGUUUGCCAGCAAGAUGGACGGCCUCAACAAGCAGUUGUGUGAGCUGCAGCAGAAGUUUGCCGAGAUCCAGUGCGAGAAGGAGCGGCUUCAGGAGGAGAGCGACCGGCAACGCUCCGAGGCCCGCGAGGCAGAGAGCCGCCUCCAGGGUCAAUACGUCCCACUGGAGCAGGUGGAAGCCCUGGAGAGGCAGCUCGGCCGCACCAUCGAAGAGCUGAAAGGGGAGCUGAGCAGCAAGGAGGCCAGCUGCCAGCAGGAGGUGCAGAAAUCCCAGGAGCUGCAGCGGGAGAUGGCCGAUCUCAAGGCCGCCUCUGUGCCCCUAGCCGAUCACCUCCGCAUCAAGGAGGGCUUGGAGAGGGAAGCAUCCUUCGCGAAAUCCGCCUUAAGAGAGAAGGAGGGAGAGAGCCAGGAGAGGGCAGAGAAGGUUGCCAAGCUGCAGUCUGAAAUCCAGAGCGCCAAAGAAGCCCUGUGGGAGCUGGAGAGCCGAGAGGUGGUUGGGAUGGCAGAGCACAAGAUGGUGAAGAGCAAGCUGGAAGGGCAAGUAGGCAGCAUGGCCGAGAAGCUGGCUGAGCUCAGCCGGAAGCUGGAGGCAGCCCAGCAAGCCAGGAUGGAGGAGGCGCCCACCAAGGACAAGAAGGAGCCCCUGCAGUCCAGGAACUUCAGCAUUGAGCAGGAGAUCAAGGACCAGAAGGAGAGGUGCGACAAGUCCCUGAGCACCAUCGCGGAGCUGCAGAAAAGGAUCCAGGAGUCCGCAAAGCAAGUGGAAGCCAAAGACAACAAGAUAACUGAGCUACUUAAUGAUGUGGAGCGGCUAAAACAGGCCCUUAACGGUCUCUCUCAGCUUACGUACAACAGCGGCCUCCCCACAAAGCAACAGAGCCAGCAGGUUGAAGUGCUCCAGGCGCAGGUGAAAACCCUUCAGCAGCAGCUGGCCGAUGCUGAGAGGCAGCACCAGGAGGUCAUCUCAAUAUAUCGGACGCACCUUCUCAGUGCUGUUCAGGGUCACAUGGAUGAAGACGUCCAAGCUGCCUUACUCCAGAUCAUCCGCAUGCGGCAAGGGCUUGUUUGUUAGGGGUGGGGGUGGGGUGGGGGUCAUGCUGUUGGUCUGAAGGUGCCUACAGCUGUGAAAGCAUGCCUUCCUUCCUGCUUCGAUCCAGAAAGCGAAAAAAGGGCUAUAUUUACACAGUCUCGAUUUUUUAGACAAAGCAAAGGGGCUAUUAAUUGUUUGCCUACUAAACUUAGAAUUUGAAAGGUGAAAUGCCUGCGGUUUAGAUAUCUGGGUAGUCAAAAUGAUGACAAAAGCAAAGUUCUUCUGUAUGUCGGAUUGACAACGCAAAUGUUAUAAAACAUUGGGAAAGAAAACCCCUCUUUGCUCUUUUCCUGUCCAAACAAAACCCACUCUCACUCGACUGCAAAGUGUGAACAAAAGUGGGGGCCCCAAACCAAGUCAGUGUGGCCAAAAUCUUGUAACUCUUCCUUCUUUUCCGAAUGGGUUUUACCCAGGGGCGAUUUUUCGGGGGCUGUGUCAGGUUGAAUGUAUUUCUAGCACAGUCAGGUGAAACAAGCGGUCAAGGAGGCUGCAAGGGCCACGCUCCGUAUCGUUGCAGCUUGGCUGGCCGAGUUGCAUCUUCUUAAAUCAUUUUAAGAAGGAGUCGUGCCUUUCUAGCGCUGUCUUCACGAGCAAAAAAAAUCCAUCUCCUACAAACGGUUUUGAGUGUUUUUUAUAAGAGAUAUUUUUUCACAGAUUCUUUGUUACUGAUUUACGCAUAGUUUCAAGAGCAGCAGGGCUGAGGAAGAUGUGAAUGAACAGCUAUUGCCUUAUCUUGAAUUGCAGCAGCCUCACAUUUGUUUUAGAGAAUUCUCCGUCUUGUUUUCAGAAGCAAAGGACAUUUCCUGCAAUUAAAAAAAGGCGUAGUGGUGUCAGGAAAAAAAAGAGAGAACUCAGAGCAAACACUUGCAAAAACAAGGAGACGAACACACGUGCCUCUUGCUUUUUAAGAUGACCUUGUGAUCCCAUUUGCUUUUUUACUCCACGUGUAUUUGGCCCAGCUGUCUUUUGCAAGCUGGGAGGGAGGGAUCACUUGAUCUUACCAAUGGCUGAGCUCGAAAAGGCUCAUUGAACCUCGUGCCAAGGAAAGAGGCAGCCUCUCCUGGAAAGGUGACCACUGGUGGUUGCAGCUUCACAUAGGAGCAAGCAAAUCUUCCUUCAUGUACUGGUUUCUCUGUGAAAAUUGGGUGGCCCCUCCCCUUGGGCCUGGCAGCUAGCUGGCUAGCGUCACCUGUGUCUCUCGGAGUGGCUGCCAGCACCUCCCAGCCAACCUUCCUAGGGAACAAGCUCAUGAGAAUCCCAUGUUCUCAUGCAAAGCCCAAUGAUCCUAUUGGACAACCCCGGGUGCAAGAUGAUGUCCCUGGUGGGGGUUGUGCUUGAAGGAGCUUGUAUUCAUCCAGUCAUGUAUUCAUAGUGGACUCAUUGAAGUCAAUGAACUCUGGUGGGUCUGCUCUGAGUAUGUCUUGGUUGGAUUGAGCCCCUAGACCUUUUCUCCCUAUAUGCAAAAAGUGUAGAUCACUCAAUAAGCCUCCCCACGAGCUGGAUUUGACUGACGUUCAAUUUCGUAGUGACUUCUUAAGAUGCUUUCUGCCGUUUUAAAUACUAUUGUUUUGUAAAUUUAUGUACUAUAAAUCACUACGGUGGCUUUUAUUUAUGCAGGGAGAAGUGUAGGUAGGAUGAGAGGUGUAACUCAGCUUAGUGUGUGUGUGUUUGUUUCUACAAAUAAACACUACAAGGCUUGA